AUGGCUGUGGAUGUGGUUGUGCCCACUGACGAAUCGAACCGUGAGGCCUACGGAGGGCAGGGAGGUCGUCAAGAUGUGCCGGGCCCAGACGCUGGCCACCCUGACCAUAUCUCCAGAUUCGAUUCUCCUUCGUCAUUCGAAUCCCCUUCUUCUCCUUCUUUGAGCAAUGGGAGCUUCGACAACAGCUUCGAGGUGGGAAACCCGCUCGCCCGUCGUGAAGCUGCCGACGUGAACUCCAGCCGCACCCAAUAUGCGUCGGAGCCAGAUGAGGACGAACGUCACCCGUGGACUUACUUCACCGAGCGCGCCAACAGCCUCGACCACAUGUCUUUUGGAGAAGACUCUUCUGGCAUGGUCAUCCCCGGCCUCAUGGACGACAGCGUGCUUGCCCGUGGGCCUGGUCUAAGUAGCGACGACCGAUCCAUACUGUCGAACCAGUACGAACCGUCUUUUGUGCAACAGAGCGCCACCGCCAGCCAAGUCGUCGUCGGGGCCGGAGCCGCUUUCGACGGCCAGUAUUUACCCCGAUUCCUUCGCCUGACUCCAGAAUGUCGACACGACUUUCACCAUCCCAUCUGCGCCCGAUGCAUGCACUAG